AUGUGCAUUGAACGUCCGGUAUCCGGAAAAGCGAAGGAGUGGGCGGAUGAUGCCAUCAGUGCAUCUCAAAUGCAACCGCCAUCAAUUGCAAUGGCAUCUGAUGUUCGGGAAAUAGCGGCCCGCCAGCAGCAAAAAAUGAUGGAACUGCCAAUGGAAAUUAAGAAGCCUGGAAUAAUGAAAAAAGGUAUUGGUAAAGGAGGAGGAUCCGAUCGCGGCAAAACUGUGAAAAUUGCACCAGGUGAAAGGCAAAAUGUGAUAAUAGCAAGUGAUAAUGAGGGAAAGCAGUUGAGACAUGUGAAGGAAUGA